AUGUCAUUCUUCGCUCCCCCUCCCAAGCCGCAGACACCUCUGGGCUACCACCGCAUCCUGUCCCCCACAGCAGCCGUCAAAGUCUCCCCGAUAGUCUUGGGCGGCAUAAGCAUCGGCAGCUCAUGGAGCGAGCUCUUUGGCCAGAAUGAAGACCCCUUCGCCCUUCUCGACAGCUACUUCUCCCUCGGCGGCAACUUCAUCGACACAUCCAACACUUACAAUUCCGAGGAUUCGGAAAGGCUUAUCGGCGAAUGGAUGGAGAAGCGUGAAAACCGGGAUCAGAUGGUUAUCGCGACAAAGUACUCGGCCGGCUAUCGGGCGUACAAUCGGGAGAAGGAGCCACUGCAGAGUAAUUUCACGGGGAACUCGGUGAAGAGCAUGCAUGUCUCCGUUAGAGACAGUUUGAAGAAACUGAGGACAGACUACAUCGAUAUUCUUUACGUACAUUGGUGGGAUUUCGCAACUUCAGUCGAAGAGGUGAUGACGCAUUUGCAUGCCUUUGUUAUGGCCAGGCAAGUUUUGUACCUUGGGGUAUCUGAUACUCCUGCUUGGGUUGUUGUCAAAGCGAACGAAUUCGCCCGCAAAAACGGAUUCACGCCCUUCUCCAUCUACCAGGGCCGGUGGAACGCCGCAUUCAGGGACAUGGAAGCUGAAAUUAUCCCCAUGUGCGAGGACCAGGGGCUGGCGAUUGUACCUUGGGCGGCCCUGGGCGGUGGUCAGUUGAUGUCGGCCGAGCAGAGGAAGCAGAAGGAGCAGGAUCCCGGAGCUCGUAAACCCCGCGGGUUAACUGAGAAUGAUGUUAAGAUUUCCGAGGUGUUGGAGCAGAUUGCUAGGACUAAGAGCACAACGCUACAGGCUGUAGCUCUAGCUUACCUGUUUCACCAAUCAACUUACGUCUUCCCUAUUGUUGGUGUCCAGACUGUCGAACACGUCAAAGCGAUGCCCGACGCGUUACGCAUCAAACUCUCAAGAGAGGAUAUCGACGCGAUCCAGAAGGCUGUGCCCUUCAAUCCCCUCUUCCCGGUGAACUUCCUUUUCAAUUUUAGAGGUGACCAGGACUACAACCUCAGUCUCACUGCGGCGAACAGCCAGCAGUAUCAGAUGGCUGCGUGGAUCGAUGCACCCCCGAAACAGCCGCCUUACGAACCUCAAGUUGAGAUGGAACAGUAG